GCCUUUCGGGACAAAGCACAUCCAUUUCCAACGUGCAGGCGUGGCUGGAUGGCCACCGCAGUGAUUUCUCCAGCCAAAAUACGAGGGAGCAAGCUGACUCCAACGCCGUGGAUCCAAGUUCGCGCUCUGACCUCAGCGGUUCUUCCAACGAAAAGGAUGUCUGCGUG